AAACAGACCUUUGACAAAUCCAAUGGAAAGGGGAAACGCAGAAUUAGUGAUGGGAGGGAGGGGAGUAUCAUAAAAUCGGCUCCCGAGUCCCGAUUCUGUCUAUAAAAACCGCCCAAAGAAGACGACGACGAUGCGUCGCGUCGGCUUCUAUUCUGUUGGCUGUAAUCUCCGGUGGCUACUGGAUAGAGACUAGAGAGAGAGAGAGAGAGAGAGAGAUUGUGUCCGCGAGCUUUGUUGGAAAGAAACGCAACCCACGCAGGAGAAGGAGGAGAAGUGACCAAGAGAUGGAGAUAACUGUAAUCCACUCCAGUUGCAGUUGCAGUUGCAGCACUCUCCAUUCUUACUUUCGUCCCCAAGUCCUCCAUUUCUGUCGAGGAGGAGCUUCGAAAUCUGCAGCGACUUCCCUGUCCUUCCAAAGUGACGACCAUUUCCGCCGAUUUCGGAAAACCUUGCCUUCGACCGAAGCGCCUCUCAUCAGUAGAUAUCCGCUCCGAAGAUUUCCGAGCACGAGCUGCUCUCUCAGCGAUAAUCAAGUUCCUGCCACUGAAGUUAUUGUGGUUGACCAAUCUCACACACUGAAGAAAAAAGUUACUGAGAUAUCCCCUGAACUGAAAGGAACCUCGAUAUUUCUUGUUGGUAUGAGCAGUACCAUGAAAAACAAUGUGGGAAAAUUUCUAGCGGAUGCAUUAAGAUAUUACUAUUUUGACAGUGAUAGUUUGGUUGAGCAAGUUGCACGUGGUGAAUAUGCUACUAAUUCUCUUAAGGCCAGGGAUGCAAAGGGAUUUUGUGAGUCUGAGACUGAAGUUCUGAAGCAAUUAUCAUCCAUGGGUCGCUUGGUUGUUUGUGUAGGAGAUGGUGCAGUUAGCAGUUCAGUUAAUUUGGCCCUUCUAAGGCAUGGAAUAUCAAUAUGGAUUGAUGUUCCUCUUGAUAUUAUCGCAAGAGAGGCCACGGCUGCAGUGGCAUGUUCAACUUCCGAUUCUUCUGAGGUGUUGGCUAUCAUCACAAAGCACUAUGAGGACUGGAGAAAUGGAUAUGCAACAUCAGAUGCAACAGUCUCGCUUCAAAAGGUAGCUUGCCAAUUAGGUUAUGACAAUACGGAUGCAGUGAGUACAGAAGACAUGACCAUAGAGGUGAUGAAACACAAUUCCUAUAGAUGUGAGAUUCAAAUAAUAGCAAGGAGCUUCUAUGACACCAACUUAUCAAAGAUUUUUUGUCUUUGUAUCAAUUUUCAGACAUUGAAGGAGAUAGAGAAGCUGAUGAGAGUGAAGAAGAUGAUGGAAGCCGCAGCAAGACCAUUCUAGCCAGAGCAAAGCUUUUCCAGGGCCAUGUUUUCAUCACCCCCCACAAUUUCCAAAGUUUUCCUCACCAAGGCUUCAGGGAAGCCCAUCUCCACCAAUUUCUGUACCUGUAAUCAAGAAUAAUAGCCUUUUCAAACUAUUGAAAUUCUGUAUUAUUGUAUUGUCAAAUUAAUAGACAAUUAUAAAGCAAAUUGACCAGCUUAACAAGAAAAGCCUCGGUGGAAUUACUUUUU